ACAUCUUCGCCCGGAAGGAAAGAAAUCUGCGUUGGAUCAUGGAAGGAAAGAAAUCCCAGUACUGCGAUACGCCUUCUCAGUGUCCGAUUGUUGGCCUGCGCGAUGGACUGAUUUUUUCAUCGGCCAAAUCUUCUUCGCCAAAACCCGUUGAUUCUUCGCGAUACAUCUUCGCCGCCAAAGGAAAGGAAAUCUGCUGAUUCUUCCCGGAUUCUUCACGUAUUCUUCACGCGAAUUUCUUUCCUUUCUGCAAUUCGGCGAAGAAGGAAAUUCUUUCCUUUCUGCAAUUCGGCGAAGAAGGAAGGAAAGUUUGGAGACUUUCCUCACUUCCCUAAACCAGGGAUAAUGUUCCAAGACAUCACAACUUUGCUGUUGAAUCAUAAGGCCUUCAAAGACACUGUUGACUUUCCAUAGGCAUUACGGCAUGAUAUUGAUGCUGAUGAAUAUCACAGGUGAGGAGAAAAUAUUCAGACCCCCAAAACGAAUAGAACUUGAAAAUUUUCAAUACAAUGCAUUUUUUGUUCUUCCAAGUUCCUCCCAAACGCUGAGUAUGACCUUAUAUGUUCCAGGUCAGUGUUUUCUGUUGAAACAUGGUAAUAGCUUAUAUGAGUAAGUACUUCUUUGAGGAUAAUGUGUGUGUGUGGCGCUUUUUAUCCUUCAAUUGAGGCCAAGUCUAUGCUGAAUUUUGUUUCCAAGAACUAUGUUAUUGCUAAUAGUCUGAACUCUGUUUUGCCUAAUACUAAUUACACAUCUGUAGACGGUUCUACAAUACUACACGUUUCUAGCCCUGUUGUAUAUUCUGAUAAAGAAGUGACUAUGACGAUAAUACUUCUUAUGGUAAAAAUAUCAAGUGAAGGUAUGGUUUCUAAUGUUGUGACUCCUGUUUUGACCCCAGAUCCUAUACAUGAUGUUAAGGUGUGAGAUGUUACUCUUUCAGAUGUUAACGUUCCUGAUGCUUGCUCCACACCUACACAAUAACAUAGAUGUUGACGGUCCUAUGAAUCUUUCUACUAAAAUCCAACAUGUUCCAACUAUUGUUAAACAUGUACAAGUAAUUGAUGCUCAAAUGUUAAGAGUUUGUGGGAAUUAAAUUUGCGCACAAAUUUAAUCCGGAUGGCAAGAAUCACAAUGAGUGUGCCCCGGCACCAUUAGACGAAAUUAGUUUUUCAAUUCUUGAUAUUGAUCAAAUGUUAAAUGUGUGUUAAAUUAAAUAUACUUGUGUGGUUUUU